ACAGUGCGAGUACAGCAGACCACGGUACAAGAGCUACCGGUACUUGGCUAACCUUACCGUGCAGUUGUGAUGUUGCUAAGGCACCGAACCCAGUAAAAGAUCAGCGGUUGAAUAUUUACGCACGUCGAUAGUACCGUAAGGCCUGGCCUCUUGAACCCGCCUCACACAACUCAUCACGUGUCUCACGGCCUUCUGACCUUUCCCCUUCAACUCAGUUCCUCCGACCUUCGUUGCUCUCCAUCCUCAUCACCUUUUCAAGCUCAACAAACCUUGCUUUUACGCAAAAAGAGGAAGGAAAAGAAAAAGAUGUCUCACACCCAUGACCACUCUGGCGGGCACACCCAUUCUCACGAUCAUGCCAAUGCCCAUGGCCACGAGCACGAGAUUCUUGAUGGCCCGGGCUCCUACCUGGCUCGUGAACUCCCUAUCGUUGAAGGCAGGAAUUGGGAAGACCGUGCUUUUACAAUUGGUAUUGGCGGGUAGGCUUUCAACAAAAUCUCCCCAGUCCCACAUCAGCAACUAAUCCGAACGGCCCCACCAUCAGGCCUGUUGGCUCCGGAAAAACCGCUUUGAUGCUGCAGCUUUGCAAGAAUCUUAGGGAUAAUUAUUCAAUUGCUGCUGUUACUAACGACAUUUUUACCAAGUACCCUCACCUCUUUUCCCUCCAACACUGUACCUAGGAUCUGAUUUGUUUUCGGCCAGGGAGGAUCAGGAGUUCCUUGUUAAAAACGAGGCUCUUGAAGCAAAGCGUAUCCGUGCCAUUGAGACUGGGGGUUGCCCUCACGCCGCCGGUACUGUUACUUCUUUUCUAAAAGCUGCCAGGCUAGGUUAAGCUAAAGGGUUGAGUAGUUCGUGAGGACAUCUCGCAGAACCUUCAUGCGUUGGAGGAUCUCCAUCGCGAAUUCGAUACCCAGCUUUUGUUGAUUGAGAGCGGUGGUGACAACCUGGCAGCAAACUAUUCCCGUGAACUUGCCGACUACAUUAUCUAUGUUGUAUGAUUUCCCCUGCGUCACCCCACCUUCCUAUAUCGGAGAGUUGCGGUUUAUACUUUUUGGUUGAUUAGAUUGACGUCUCCGGAGGCGACAAAAUCCCCCGCAAGGGUGGGCCAGGCAUUACUCAAUCGGAUCUCCUAAUCGUUAAUAAGACCGAUCUUGCAGAAAUCAUUGGGGCGGAUUUGGAUGUCAUGGAUCGUGAUUCUCGUAGGAUGCGGUUUGUGCCAUCUUCAUCUCCCCUGACUUGGAAGAGCCGCUUAAAGCGAUCCUAACCUAUAAUGAUGAUUUAGAGAGGGCGGGCCCACUAUCUUCGCUCAAGUGAAGAAUGGUGUCGGUGUAGAAGCCAUCGUUUCCAUGAUUCUCUCGGCUUGGAGAGCGAGCGGAGCUAGCGGUCCUAGGGUUAAAUAGCUUUGACACCGGUCCAGCGCAGUGCUGGUAUUUCGCAUGGGGAGACACUUGUCUAUGAUACCUGCAAUUAGUUAUAUCAUACGGGCGAGUCUAGUUCUAGAGAAUAAACGAUUUCCCG